AUGCGGACUCUGGCGCCCACGUUCAGUUCGUCAAAGGUGCGCCCCGAGACGACUUUCACGUUUGUCACGACGGCCAAGAAUCCGUCCGUCAUCUUUUCGCCCGUCAGCACUCCCCGGUACGGUCAUGACUCUGAGACCAAGGCCCUGCAGGACAAACAAACUGCCGCGGAGCCCACCGCCAAGCCUCAGCCGUCCAACGACCAGAGGCCAACGAACCCACCUGGCUGGCCACGUGAAAGCGCCAAGGAGCCACCAAAGGCCACUUACAAGGUUACCGUGGCGCCGACCACGGUCAUUAUCAAUGACCAAACGUUCAAGCAGGAGAACCCAUCCGAGACCAAGCGGGUGACGGUGAGCGGCGCCGAAUUCGUAAUCAACCCGAGCGAGGUCCUCGGUGGAGGGACGGUCAUAGACCGGCCUGGCAACGUUGGUCGCAGCACCAUGGUCCCUUCCAGCACCGAGGUGGGAGGGUUGCCGGUGGUGGUCGCACCCGCAGGGACGCAGGACGUGGUCGUGGUCGGCGGCACGACGCUUCAGGUGCAGGCCACCCCGGUGACGAUCGUGGUUCGAGGCCAGAAAGUCACAGUCCAGCCCUCAGCAAUCGUUUUUCCGAGACAAACCGUAUCGAUCAGCCGCACCUCUCCAGCGCAGACAGAGAUUGUCGUGGCCGGCGGCGAGAUGGUCUCUGCCAUUGGGCCGUCGGUCGUGGUCAUCCGGUCGACGACCUUUACGUACGGCUUGGUUUCAUCUACAAUCACAAAGGUGGUGGACGAUGAUACUAUUUUGAUCGGGCCCUCAGGGGUCUCUGUGCGAAACGUCACCGUCGGCGGGCCCAAUGCGAAGACGUCCGACUCGGCGUACGAGAUCGUGGGCGGCGCGACGGUGACGCAGGCGGGCGCCUCGGUGGUGGUCGUGGACGGCACGAGCUUCACAGUCGGACCGGGGCGAGGGAUCACGACAAAGGUCUUUGGCGGCGAGUCCAUCACGAUUGGGCCGUCCGGCGUCGUGAUCUCGACCCUCACGCUUGCGUACCCGUUUGGGCCGACGGUGAUUACGAGCGUCGACAUCGACGUAGCAACGACGGCAGCGGCCCCGUCGCCGGUGCCGUCCGUGACGAAGAAGAAGAACGGUGGUGCGGCCGCCAGGCACGCGACGUCAAACGCAGGGAUCCAUUUUGGUUUCUGCAUAGCGAUCUGCGCCUGGGUCCUGGGGCGCAUGGUUUGA